AGGCAGUUCCAGACCAUGGCCUUCACUAUUGAUGAGAUCAACAAGAACUCAAACCUGCUACCUAAUGUGACUCUGGGAUACAGUAUGUAUGAUAAUUGUCUCACAGUUGGAGUUGGAUUUCGUGCUGCACUGUCAAUGUCAAGUGGUCAAGACAAUCAAUUCCUAUUGGACAAUAACUGUAUAGGUCCCCCUCCAGUGCUGGGGAUUGUGGGUGAUUCUUCCUCUACACAUUGUAUUGCCAUCUCUGCUGUCUUAGGUUUAUACAGAGUACCAAUGGUGAGUUACUUUGCCACAUGUUCCUGCCUGAGUGACCGGCAACAGUUUCCAUCCUUCUUUAGAACAAUCCCAAGUGAUGCCUUCCAGGUUCGUGCAAUGCUCCAGAUUCUGAAGCGGUUCGGCUGGACUUGGGUGGGCCUGCUGGUCAGUGAUAACGACUAUGGGCUCCAUGCUGCCCGAUCCCUCCAGUCUGACCUGGCUCAGUCUGGUGGAGGUUGUCUGGCCUAUUUAGAGGUUUUGCCCUGGAGUAAUGACCCAGCUGAACUUAGGAGGAUUGUCAAUGUGAUGAAGAAAUCCACAGCUCAUGUGGUCAUUGGAUUUACACCUGAGAACCAAAUGAUUCACGUGAUGCAAGAGGUGGUAAAGCAGAAUGUGACAGGUCUGCAGUGGAUAGCCAGUGAAGCCUGGACAGCAGCCACUGUUCUGCAGACACCCAACCUCAUGCCAUACCUGGGGGGCACUCUGGGUAUUGCCAUCCGUCGAGGAGAGAUACCAGGACUCAGGGACUUCCUGUUAAAAAUACGUCCUGACAGUGACCCUUACAACAACUAUAACAAUAACAUAGUGAGGCAGUUUUGGGAGUACACAUUUCAGUGUCGAUUCUCACCACCUCCAGCAGGGUGGUUGGAUACUGGGGGAGCUCUGUGCACUGGACAGGAAGAUCUGGAGAGUGCAGUGACUGAAUUUUUGGAUGUGUCAGACCUCAGACCAGAGUACAAUGUGUACAAGGCUGUGUAUGCCCUGGCAUAUGCCCUUGAUGACAUGUUGCAGUGUGUGCCAGGCAGAGGGCCUUUCAGUGGGCACAGCUGUGCCAGUUUACAGAAACUGCAGCCAUGGCAGCUUUUGUAUUACUUGGAAAGGAUCAACUUCACCACAGCAUUUGGAGAUCAAGUGUCAUUUGAUGAGAAUGGUGAUGCCUUACCAAUCUAUGAUGUGAUGAACUGGCACUGGCUCCCUGAUGGGAGCACAACAGUUCAAACUGUGGGUGUUGUUAAGAAGUCAGCCUCCACAGGUGAAGAGCUCACACUGGAUGAAGACAGGAUCUUCUGGAAUUUUGAAUCUAAACAGCCGCCUCGGUCAGUGUGCAGUGAGAGCUGCCCACCAGGCACCCGCAUUGCCAGAAGGAAAGGAGAACCUGUGUGCUGUUUUGACUGCAUCCCUUGUUCUGAUGGAAAAUUCAGCAAUGAAACUGACUCCAUGGAGUGCAUCAGUUGUCCAGAGGACUUCUGGUCCAGUCCCCAGCAUGACCACUGCAUCCCCAAAAGAAUAGAGUUCCUCUCCUACCACGAGCCCUUGGGUAUCUGCUUGACAACCACCUCAUUGCUCGGCACACUGAUCUGCACCAUUGUGCUGGGAGUUUUCAUCUAUCAUCGCAGCACUCCCAUGGUGCGUGCCAACAACUCAGAACUCAGCUUCCUGCUCUUGCUGUCACUCAAACUAUGCUUUCUGUGCUCGCUGCUGUUCAUUGGCCAUCCCAGAUUAUGGACAUGCCAGCUGAGGCAUGCAGCAUUUGGGAUCAGCUUUGUGCUGUGUGUCUCAUGUAUCCUGGUGAAAACCAUGGUGGUGUUGGCUGUAUUCAAGGCCUCCAAACCUGGAGGUGGAGCCAGUCUCAAAUGGUUUGGUGCUGUGCAGCAAAGAGGGACAGUUUUGGUUCUUACUUCCAUUCAGGCAGCAAUCUGCACAGCCUGGCUUGUCUCUUCCUCACCAGCUCCUCAUAAAAACACACAAUACCACAGUGACAAGAUAGUCUAUGAGUGUGUCAUAGGGUCCACGGUUGGUUUUGCAGUCUUACUGGGCUAUAUUGGCUUACUGGCUAUCCUCAGCCUCCUCCUAGCGUUCCUGGCAAGGAAUCUUCCCGACAACUUCAAUGAGGCCAAGCUCAUCACGUUCAGCAUGCUGAUCUUCUGUGCUGUGUGGGUUGCCUUUAUCCCUGCUUAUAUCAACUCCCCAGGAAAAUAUGCAGAUGCUGUGGAGGUAUUUGCCAUCCUAGCUUCCAGUUUUGGCCUCUUGGUGGCACUGUUUGGACAAAAGUGUUAUAUAAUCCUGCUGAGACCUGAGAGGAACACCAAGAAAGUUGUCAUGGGUCGAGGCACCAGCAAAUACAACUCAGAGUUUCAAGGGGAUGGACGACCCAAAGCAGACUGGGGGAAGAGGUGCGGGAUCAGCCUGGCCCAGGCUACCUCUACCACCUCCAAGAGCAGCUCAAAUAGGGGGAUGGACUUUGCUCCUGGGGUACACAUGUGGGUCUACAGCCCAGAGCAGAAGAAAGGCCUUUCCCCUAAACAGAUGAAUAUAGAUGUGAUCUUGUGCAUGGUCUUGGUCUUGCAAAUGUUUUCUUCCUGCUUUUGUUCAAAUGUGUCUUCCUCUGUUUCCUCCAACUGUCAGUCACAGAAACAGUUUCUUGUUAAUGGGAUCCACAAAACUGGAGAUGUGGUUCUUGGUGGACUGUUUGAAGUCCACUUCUUCUCUGUUUUACCUGAACUUUCUUUCACAUCAGAACCACAGCAGCCUAUCUGCCAUGGUUUUAAUGUUUUAGGAUUCAGGCAGUUCCAGACCAUGGCCUUUGCAAUUGAUGAGAUCAACAGGAACUCAAACCUGCUACCUAAUGUGACUCUGGGAUACAGUAUCUUUGAUAACUGUCUCACAGUUGGAAUUGGAUUUCGUGCUGCAUUGUCAAUGGCGAGCGGUCAAGGGGAUCAAUUCCUAUUGGACAAUAACUGUAUAGGGCCCCCUCCAGUGCUGGGGAUUGUGGGUGAUUCUUCCUCUACACAUUGUAUUGCCAUCUCUGCCGUCUUAGGUUUGUACAGAGUACCAAUGGUGAGUUACUAUGCCACAUGUUCCUGUCUGAGUGACCGGCAACGGUUUCCAUCCUUCUUUAGAACAAUCCCAAGUGAUGCCUUCCAGGUUCGUGCAAUGCUCCAGAUUCUGAAACGGUUCUGCUGGACUUGGGUGGGCCUGCUGAUCAGUGAUAACGACUAUGGGCUCCAUGCUGCCCGAUCCUUCCAGUCUGACCUGGCUCAGUCUGGUGGUGGUUGUCUGGCCUAUUUAGAGGUUUUGCCCUGGAGUAAUGACCCAGCUGAACUUAGGAGGAUUGUGAAUGUGAUGAAGAAAUCCACAACUCGUGUGGUCAUUGGAUUUAUACCUGAGAACCAAAUGAUUCAUGUGAUAGAAGAGGUGGUAAAGCAGAAUGUGACAGGUCUGCAGUGGAUAGCCAGUGAAGCCUGGACAGCAGCUACUGGGCUGCAGACACCCGACCUCAUGCCAUACCUGGGGGGCACUCUGGGUAUUGCUAUCCGUCGAGGAGAGAUACCAGGACUCAGGGACUUCCUGUUAAGAAUACGUCCUGACAGUGACCCUUACAACAACUAUAACAAUAACAUAGUGAGGCAGUUUUGGGAGUACACAUUUCAGUGUCGAUUCUCAUCACCUCCAACAGGGUGGUUGGAUACUGGGGGAGCACUGUGCACUGGACAGGAAGAUCUGGAGAAUGUGGCGACCACCUUUUUGGAUAUGUCAGACCUCAGGCCAGAGUAUAAUGUGUACAAGGCUGUGUAUGCCCUGGCAUAUGCCCUUGAUGACAUGUUGCAGUGUGUGCCAGGCAGAGGGCCUUUCAGAGGGCACAGCUGUGCCAGUUUACAGAAACUGCAGCCAUGGCAGCUGUUGUAUUACUUGAACAGGAUCAACUUCACCACAGCAUUUGGUGAUCAAGUGUCAUUUGAUGAGAAUGGUGAUGCCUUACCAAUCUAUGAUGUGAUGAACUGGCGCUGGCUCCCUGAUGGGAGCACAACAGUUCAGACUGUGGGUGUUGUUAAGAAGUCAGCCUCCACAGGUGAAGAGCUCACACUGGAUGAAGACAGGAUCUUCUGGAAUUUUGAUUCCAAACAGCCGCCUCAGUCAGUGUGCAGUGAGAGCUGCCCACCAGGCGCCCGCAUUGCCAGAAGGAAAGGAGAACCUGUGUGCUGUUUUGACUGCAUCCCUUGUUCUGAGGGAAAGUUCAGCAAUAAGACUGACUCCAUGGAGUGCAUCAGUUGUCCAGAGGACUUCUGGUCCAGCCACAAGCGUGACCACUGCAUCCCCAAAACAAUAGAGUUCCUCUCCUACCAUGAGCCCUUGGGUAUCUGCUUGACAACCGCCUCAUUGCUCGGCACACUGAUCUGCACCAUUGUGCUGGGAGUCUUCAUCUAUCAUCGCAGCACUCCCAUGGUGCGUGCCAACAACUCAGAACUCAGCUUCCUGCUCUUGCUGUCACUCAAACUAUGCUUCUUGUGCUCGCUGCUGUUCAUUGGCCAUCCCAGAUUAUGGACAUGCCAGCUGAGGCAUGCAGCAUUUGGGAUCAGCUUUGUGCUGUGUGUCUCAUGUAUCCUGGUGAAAACCAUGGUGGUGUUGGCUGUAUUCAAGGCCUCCAAACCUGGAGGUGGAGCCAGUCUCAAAUGGUUUGGUGCUGUGCAGCAAAGAGGGACAGUUUUGGUUCUUACUUCCAUUCAGGCAGCAAUCUGCACAGCCUGGCUUGUCUCUUCCUCACCAGCUCCUCAUAAAAACACACAAUACCACAGUGACAAGAUAGUCUAUGAGUGUGUCAUAGGGUCCACAGUUGGUUUUGCAGUCUUACUGGGCUAUAUUGGCUUUCUGGCUAUCCUCAGCCUCCUCCUAGCAUUUCUGGCAAGGAAUCUUCCCGACAACUUCAAUGAGGCCAAGCUCAUCACGUUCAGCAUGCUGAUCUUCUGUGCUGUGUGGGUUGCCUUUAUCCCUGCUUAUAUCAACUCCCCAGGAAAAUAUGCAGAUGCUGUGGAGGUAUUUGCUAUCCUGGCUUCCAGUUUUGGCCUCUUGGUGGCACUGUUUGGACAAAAGUGUUAUAUAAUCCUGCUGAGACCUGAGAGGAACACCAAGAAAGCUGUCAUGGGUCGAGGCAGCACCAGCAAAUACAACACUUAA